AUGGAGCAAGCUGCCGAUGACGCUCCGAGAGCUGCGCCUCCGUUCCCGUCAGCCAGUGGCGACCUCGUGCUGGCUGCUGCCAGUUUGGACAUACCUGCCUCUGAUGUUGCUCUUGCCCAGACUGUACACCCCUGCAAAACGCUGAUGUCUCCCACGCUGUCCACCUGCGACCUGUCGGAGCUGCGCCCACGGCCACCGCGCGCACGCUGCCUCACGAUCACGGAUGCGCCCCAAUGUGGUGCAGCACCCCCUCCCCCGACAAAGAACGACGAACGACAUGAUGUCUUCGCUGACGCUGUCGCUGCGACGCCCCCGGCGGACUUCAAGGAGCCCAAGGUCGUGCUGAGCCUGGGCGGCUACUUCGCGCAGAGGCGCGUGGAGGCCGUAGGCCGCGCCUUCAACAAGCGCGUGUGCAACAUGGCCCGCGGCUGCUGGACCAGCUGCGAGGACCUGGACGACGCCACCAAGGUGCGCGACGCGCUGCGCAAGCAGGAGGAGUUCAUCCUGCGCAAGUACCGCCGCAGCAUCCGCGGCAAGAACUUCCUGGAGCUGCAGCUGGGGCUGAGCGACAUCGACUUCGACGUGACGGACGAGCAGUUCAAGAAGGCGUACCGUACCACCACGGGCAAGACGGAGAACGACCCCAACUACCUGGCCGUGCAGAAGGCCUUCGCCACGCCCAUAGACCCGCAGAAGAAGCGCGCUGCGGGCUACGAGAAGAUCAAGGAGAACGACCCCGCUGACGAGGGCAAGAGCUUCUACGAGCUCUACGGCCCCGUGUUCCUGGCCAACGCGCGCUUCAGCGAGAACAAGCCCGCGCCCGCGUCCGCGCUGGGCGGCGACGACCUCCAUAUCGACGAGGUCUACGCCUUUUACGACUUCUGGAACAAGUUCGACUCGUGGCGCGUCUUCACGCACGACUCGGAGCACGACGUGGACUCGGCCGAGCACCGCGACCACAAGCGCUGGAUGGCCAAGAAGAACGAGGCCGCGGCCAAGAAAGAAAAAAGACAGGACCUGGAGCUGGCCCUCGCCGGCGAGGGCGACCUGUAUGAGGACCUGGAUGCCGGCGAGGGUAUUGACUACAGCGUCGACGGCGAACAGGCCCUGGACCUGAACUCCUCGGGUGACCUGGACUUCUCGGCCGACGCCUGUCAGGAUGCCAGCGGAGAGAUGAACACGAAGAUUCAGUUCAAGGCUAGCUCCGUCGACGUGGAGCUGGAGGACUACAGCCAGAAGCUGGAGUUCGAGCACGACGUCAUCGAUAGCGCUAAGCCGGGCGCCAAUAAGGAGUUCCAGCCCGACCGACUUCGCGACCCAAGCGAGCAGAAGAAGGAGAAGAUGGCUGCCGCUUCCACCGAGACCAAUGAAGAGAGCGUGCUUUUCGCAACCGAGGUCAAGAACUGAAUCGAGAGAACAGAGCCCGAGCGCUCCUUUCUCGGCAGUCGCGUCAGCGCUACCGUGGGUAUCGUGGGUGUGCCCACAAGCAAGAACUACAAGUCGGUCUCGGUGAGACGCUGAGGUCAGUGCGGAGUUCAAGAUUUCUUCGAGCAUAUCGUUGUGCACAAGCAGCGACAGGACCAGGUCUAAUGCACGCCAAAGAAAGUGAUAGAUGCCGCGACGCGCUGCCAACAUUUAGGCGCGUCGAUCAUAUCGGCUGCUAAUGCUGCACGAUGAGGGAUUGCCGCUGUACGACACAAUAGCAAACUUGGUUCUUGGUGAACUAGCACUACGGACAUCUUAGUGGUCAGCAAAAUAAAAACAGAUUCAAAACGU